CUCGGGUCGUCUUUUCCGUCUUUCUCGUCCCGUGAGUUGGAUUUUAUUAUUUUUGUUCAAGAUAUUGCUAUAAAUCAAUAUACAUUUACUAGUGUUUGUGUUUUCCUAUAAAGGCAUUUGUAUUUUAUUGCUGUGUGUCGGGAAGAGAAAUAAUUGUCCAAAAUGACGACGACCAGGCCUUUGAAGACGAUCGCAAUGAGCGACGACAGUGAGGAGAAAUUCGGAUAUGUGUUCGCCGUGUCGGGUCCCGUGGUGACGGCGGAGAGGAUGUCGGGCUCCGCUAUGUACGAGCUGGUGCGCGUCGGAUACAACGAGCUGGUCGGCGAGAUCAUCCGGCUGGAGGGAGACAUGGCCACCAUACAGGUGUACGAGGAGACAUCAGGCGUGACUGUAGGCGACCCAGUGCUGCGUACAGGCAAGCCGCUGUCAGUGGAGCUGGGCCCCGGCAUCCUUGGCUCCAUCUUCGACGGCAUCCAGCGCCCGCUCAAGGACAUCAACGAGCUCACCCAGUCCAUCUACAUCCCCAAGGGUGUCAACGUGCCGUGCCUGGCGCGCGAGACCAGCUGGGAAUUCAAUCCCUUGAAUGUUAAGGUCGGGUCCCACAUCACCGGAGGCGACCUGUACGGUAUCGUGCACGAGAACACGCUGGUCAAACACAAGAUGCUGAUGCCACCGCGCGCCAAGGGAACCGUCACAUACAUCGCGCCCAACGGCAACUACAAAGUUACUGACGUGGUGCUGGAGACGGAGUUCGACGGGGAGAAGUCCUCGUACAGCAUGUUGCAAGUGUGGCCGGUGCGCCAGCCGCGCCCCGUCACCGAGAAGCUGCCCGCCAACCACCCGCUGCUGACCGGGCAGAGGGUACUGGACUCGCUGUUCCCUUGCGUCCAGGGCGGUACCACGGCCAUCCCCGGAGCGUUCGGUUGCGGCAAGACUGUCAUCUCACAGGCGCUGUCCAAGUACUCCAACUCUGACGUCAUCGUAUACGUCGGCUGCGGAGAGCGUGGUAACGAGAUGUCUGAAGUACUCCGGGACUUCCCCGAGCUGACGGUGGAGAUUGAGGGCGUAACCGAGUCCAUCAUGAAGCGCACGGCCCUCGUCGCCAACACCUCCAACAUGCCUGUGGCUGCCCGUGAGGCUUCCAUCUACACCGGUAUCACCCUCUCCGAGUACUUCCGCGACAUGGGUUACAACGUAUCCAUGAUGGCUGACUCCACCUCCCGUUGGGCCGAGGCGCUGCGUGAGAUCUCGGGUCGUCUGGCGGAGAUGCCGGCCGACUCGGGCUACCCCGCCUACCUGGGCGCCCGGCUGGCCUCCUUCUACGAGCGCGCCGGACGCGUCAAGUGCCUCGGGAACCCCGACCGCGAGGGUUCGGUAUCCAUCGUGGGCGCCGUGUCUCCCCCCGGAGGUGACUUCUCGGACCCCGUGACAGCAGCCACGCUGGGCAUCGUGCAGGUGUUCUGGGGGCUCGACAAGAAGCUCGCGCAGAGGAAGCACUUCCCCUCCAUCAACUGGCUCAUCUCUUACAGCAAGUACAUGCGCGCUCUCGAUGACUUCUACGACAAGAACUACCCCGAGUUCGUGCCACUCAGGACUAAGGUCAAGGAGAUCCUGCAGGAGGAGGAGGAUCUGUCUGAGAUCGUGCAGCUGGUCGGCAAGGCGUCGCUGGCUGAGACCGACAAGAUCACGCUGGAGGUCGCCAAGCUGCUUAAGGACGACUUCCUGCAGCAGAACAGCUACUCGGCGUACGAUCGCUUCUGCCCGUUCUACAAGACGGUGGGCAUGCUGAAGAACAUCAUCUCGUUCUACGACAUGUCGCGGCACGCGGUGGAGUCCACGGCGCAGUCGGACAACAAGGUCACGUGGAACGUCAUCCGCGACGCCAUGGGGCCCGUGCUCUACACGCUCUCCUCUAUGAAGUUCAAGGACCCAGUGAAAGACGGCGAGGCUAAGAUCAAGGCGGACUUCGACCAGCUGUUGGAGGAUAUGUCGGCGGCCUUCCGCAACCUCGAGGACUAGACCCACAGCAUGCAGCACAGCACGCAGCAUGCAACACAGCAUGCAGCAUACCAGCAGGUGUUGCCGCGAGCAUUUACCGCCACCAGCAGGGCUCCACCACUGUAUAAUACGUUAAGCACAAUCGAUGUCCAUAGAGUGUACGGGCAACACCGAGAUUGUUACUUUAGAUAUAAUUACGUGUUACUAUGUAGAGUUAUUAUCGUAUUUCAAGUAAAUAUCGUGAUUCCAGCUAUUGUUGAACUUCAGUAGGUGGGUGAGGCGCCCGGCCCCUGUACAUACGGCCCCGCCAUCGCGGCCCGGGCGGCCGCACCGCUAUAUUUAGUUGUUACUUAUAUUGAUAAUUAUUAAAAAAAUAUACUAUUUAUAUACAACUAACAAUUUUUGCCUAUUUAUAUUAUCCGUGUGGUUUUUAAUCGUUUUAUGAUCAAUCUACCCUCUUGCAUUCCACGUUAUUUAUAGAAUUUUUAGAGUGUUCAAUGAAAUCAGUCUUACUUUGCUUUUGAGCCGCGGCCGCCAUGUUGCGGCCACUUUCAGUAUUAAUCCGCCGGAGAUAGCGCACGCUACUGGUGUAGUUGCUUCGUUCCGUGAGAGUGUACAAAUGUCGGAAUAACGUUUAUAUCUUGCAACUCCUUGACGUAAGUGUUGAGAGGACGACAGUUAUUAUAAACAAUAAAUGAUAUUAAAGUUGUC